UAGCUUUUCAGUGAACGUCGAAUGCUUGAGCACCUGAUCAUUGCUUAGCCGCCGUGUCUUGAAAAUAUCGCCCAAAGCUCGCCUGACGAUCCAUAUUUUUCAGAGGCUGUCUUGAUGGUGAUCAGUCCUCCCAUCCAGAGUGUAUACAACAGAGACAACCUUCAUUUCAUCGAUGCCAUUCGACUGCUCAACCUCAACUACGCUGAGUGCCUUUAAGAUCAAUAUCUCACAGGCCGGGGCUCCACUGGUCAAUAUCCAGCGUCUGGUAUUCCUCGCUUUGCCGGCACCGAAACUUGCACAGACACUUCAAAGUGCUUUGUUAACCAUCAAAAUCAUUCCGCGAGGUAGUUAAAAAUAACAAACUCUGUACUAUGAGUGCGUGCUCAUGAUUUGGGUGGAUGGGCAUUUGAGUAUUUGGUUUUGAUACAUGCAAGUACUUUUCUCUGUUGGACUUCGGAGCUUCGCGCAGUCGUUAAUAUGCCGGGCAUCCCAGCUUGCCUUGUAUCCUUGUGAGCACUAUUUAUAUUCUAUUCGAGAUUCCUUGCAAGUAGCUCUGCAUAAAAGCUCGAUCCCUCAUGGUGGUCACCCUGUGUACAAUGUGCCAGAGUCCCUGCUUACACCACAUAACGCGCGCAGGUGCUAUUUGCUGGCGUGGGUCUAGUUCGGAAUACUCUUCCUCCGUACAUCACAUGGUGAAUUUGAAAGUUCGAAACAAGGCUUACGUGCUACUGUGGUUGACGUAGGUCUGGUUCUGACGCCUCUUCUUUCGUCUCUUUCGUAACAUGGGUUUCAUAUGCACAAUGAUAGUAAAUAUAUGUGGAUUGCGAUGGCACAUUAGAUGUGAAGCUGGAGAUGACAUCAAAAACUAGUGUUGGUAAGCUAAUCCUCACGUUUGGCUAACACCGAGAAUGUCAGGAGCACGAUGAGUUUUGCUCCCCGACUCGGUCUAUAAGGAACGCCAGUACUGCAAUGCGUGUCAGUUGAUGACAAUGCAACAAUCUGAACGCAGCACCGGAGGACUACUUUUUCAGAGGUGGAAGAUGAAGAGUGAAC